AUAUGAGUAGAGGAAGACGACGACGACUGCUGCUAAUAUGAGUAGAAGAAGAAGAAGACGGCGACUGCUGCUAAUAUGAGUAGUGAUAUGAUGGAGACACAGAGCAAAGUGGUCUCUGGUCGGUUUCUCACAGCUCCUCUGUCAGAGUCUCAGCAGGACUUCUGCGGGCAGCCGUACUCAGUGUCAGUCCUUAAAGUCGGAUACUGUCUCCCUCAGACCGACGGGACGUUUAGAGCCAGCGGGACCAUCACCCUCAUAACUGGACACAGGACUAUUCUGGUUGACACCGGAGGACCGUGGGAUCGGGACUUACUCCUUAUGUCACUGAAAGAGAAGGGCCUGGAACCGGGAGACAUUAACUUGGUCGUGGGGACACAUGGUCAUUCAGACCACAUCGGAAACCUUGGUCUGUUUCCAACAGCAGAGAUGAUUGUGGGAUAUGAUGUCAGCGAAGGGGACACAUACCGUCCUAACAAGCUGGCCGACGGACACGCUUACUCUAUUGAUGAGCACAUAUCUGUAGUUCCCAGUCCAGGCCACACAGGACAAGAUGUCAGCGUGCUGGUGAAGGGAACUUCAGUGGGCACCGUGCUUGUUGCAGGGGACUUAUUUGAAUGCUACUCAGAUGAGGACAGCUGGCGGAAUCUGAGUAUGAACACUGCAGUACAGGAGGUCAGUCGCCAGGACGCGCUCCGCACAGCUGAUGUCAUCAUACCAGGACAUGGACCUCCGUUUAGAGUUCUCAGGACCUAAUGAACCAACUCUGGUGAUCGGUUAAUUAAGGGAGGGACUUUAUUAGGUGGACUUUUACAGCUUAACUGGUGCUGUUUGCCAUAGUGUCAUCAUAAUGAGAGCUCAACUCUUUGUUUGCACACUAGGAGCAGCUACUCCUUAGUUAAUAGCCAACCAUCUGCCUACAUAAGAAAAAACAACAUUGUUAUAAGAUUUGUAACAAGUCCACAGUCCAGUUCAGAUCUUGAUUUUUGAGCCAUGGUUUGGUUUUCCCAUCUUCCAGACCCAUGAUAUGAAACAGUGGAUCUAUGUAUCAUGGUUUUAGUCAUGGUUAUGCUCAAAUUGUUAAUUGUUAUAACUGUAAAGUUAUAACUGUUCACUUAGUGAGCCGUAUUUUGGCAUGACUCAUGAAAUGUACUCAACCUGCCUGGACUUGUGCCUACGUGCCAACAAGGAGUGAACCUUAUUGCUCUGUAAUGGGACUUUCUAUGCUGAAAUGCAAAAUGUUUGUAAAUGUCAAAGGAGAAAUGCAAAUUUUAAGAGCCCAAAUGCGAUGGUCUAAUAUUAAAGUUGAUCUAGACACUGCAAGUGUUGUUGGAUAUUUUAU